GGCCCUCGGCUCCUCAUCUCGCAUUGGACUGGUUGACAGGCUCUCUCUCUCGCUCUCUCCACCACGGUACAAGGGACAAAAAAACACAGGGGGGCUUUACGUCACAGAGACAACAGCAGGGAGAUCAACAGGGACAGCACUGUAGCCGUCUAUCAACACUGUUACCAACUUCCCUCGCCGAAUCAAGAAGGACUUCAAACCAUCCACCCACCUGAUCCGACAUGGUUUCUGCCGGGCUGCAGAUGCUGGGUGCGGCGCUGGCCGUCCUGGGCUGGAUCGGCGCCAUCGUGGUGUGCGCUCUGCCCAUGUGGAAGGUGAGCGCCUUCAUCGGCACCAACAUCAUCACGGCGCAAACCACCUGGGAGGGCAUCUGGAUGAACUGCGUGGUGCAGAGCACGGGCCAGAUGCAGUGCAAGGUGUACGACUCUCUGCUGGCGCUGAGCUCCGACCUGCAGGCGGCGAGGGCCCUGACCAUCUUGUCCAUCGUGGUGGGCGUGGUGGCCAUCCUGCUGGCGGUGGCCGGAGGCAAGUGCACCAACUGUAUAGAGGACCAGUCCUCCAAGGCCAAAGUGGGCAUCGCGGCCGGCGUCAUGUUCCUGGUGACGGGGGUGCUGGUGCUGGUGCCCGUGUGCUGGACGGCCAACACCAUCAUCCAGAACUUCUACAACCCCAUCCUGGUGGGGGCCCAGAAGAGGGAGCUGGGGGUUACCAUGGCGUCCCAGGGCCUCCAGCUGAUGGGGGUGCUCCUGGCCUUCGUGGGCUGGGUGGGCACCAUCGCCAGCUGCGCCAUGCCCAUGUGGAGGGUCACCGCCUUCGUGGGCGCCAACAUCGUGACGGCGCAGACCAUCUGGGAGGGCCUGUGGAUGACCUGCGUGGUGCAGAGCACGGGCCAGAUGCAGUGCAAGAUCUACGACUCCAUGCUGGCGCUGAGCUCGGACCUGCAGGCGGCCCGGGCCAUGGUGAUCGUCUCGGUGGUGGUGGGCGUGUUCGGGGCGCUCACCGCCAUCAUGGGGGGGAAGUGCACCAACUGCAUGGAGGACCCGACGGCCAAGGCCAAAGCCUGCGUCGUCGCGGGGGUGAUCUUUCUCAUCUCCGCCUUCCUGGUGCUCAUCCCUGUGUCCUGGUCGGCCCACACCAUCAUCCGGGACUUCUACAACCCCCUGGUGAACGCCGCCCAGCGCCGGGAGCUGGGCGCCUCGCUCUACCUGGGCUGGGGGUCGGCAGGGCUGCUCCUGUUGGGUGGGGGGCUGCUGUGUAACAACUGCCCCCCGAAGGAGAACCGGCCCUACACUGCGGCCAAGUUCGCGCCCCUCAGGUCGGCCUCUGCGAACAAGGACUAUGUGUGAGUCUCUCACGGUGAGGACAGGAUGUGGGUCAUGUUGGGUCCUGUGGGAAUGAGAGGGAGUACUAGGAUAGAAAUGACUAGGACUUGAUCAGUGUCUGUCAAUGUAUUUGAAGUAUCUUAACAAUCAAUCCAAGCUACAGGCGCUUGACAUGUGUAUAUUUGAUUUGAUUCCUAUAGAUAGCUCUUUAUUUUUCCAUCAUAUCUUUU